AAUAAAUAAAUAAAUAAUAAUAAUAACAAAACUUCAGGAAACAUAAAAUAAAACGAAACAAAAAUCUACAAAAUGGAAAUCCACAAUUUGCCCGAGCAAGCAUUGCUGAAAAGCAAUCGUCCGUUCACAAAGAACGGUACGAUUAUCCUUGAGGCCAGAUACACGAUUUCAGAUUUGUAUCCCAUCGCACGGCUGACUAAAAAAAUGGAUAGCGCAUUAAAAGUGUCGUCUACAACAACAACAACUACACCAACAACUACAACUAAUGGCACACAAAAAAUUGAAGAUAGCUCCUAUACUAUAGAACUGAUCAAACCCAAAGAUGCGGAAGAAGUUCUAACAAUGCUUAAGAAGUUCUUCUUUAAAGAUGAGCCACUGAAUACAUUCCUUAACUUGGGUGAAUGCAAAGAAUUGGAGGAAUAUUCCUUAAAAUGCAUUAAAGACGAUUGCUCAUUUAAGGCAGUAGAUAAAAAUGGCAAAAUAUUAGGAGUUUUUCUAAAUGGAUUACUUAAACGACCAGCACCAGACGCAGUACCUGAAAAAUCAGCUGAAGGUUGUGAACAUCCAAAAUUUAGAAAAAUACUUGCAAUGAUGGAUUAUAUUGAGGAAGAAUUUAACUUAUUUGAUUUAUUUCCAUCAGUAGAUGUUAUACUAGAUGGUAAAAUACUUUCCGUGGAUACAAAUUGUCGUGGUUUAGGCAUUGCAGGAAGGUUGACAGAACACACAAUGAAUUACAUGCAUGAGCAUAACAUAAAAAUCUUCCAUGUAUUAUGUUCAAGUCAUUAUUCGGCACGUGUUAUGGAAAAGUUGGGUUUUCACGAUGUGUACCGAUUAAACUACGCCGAUUACAAGGUUAACGGACAAGUUGUAUUGGCACCGGCAGCUCCACAUGUCGCCGCACGUAUCUUAGUCAAAGAUAUCAGCGAAACCACCAAAUCCACACUAUAAAUGAUCAGUACAAAAACUUCAUGUAAUGUUGGAUGCGAUUUGUUGGUACCAGACGACUAGGCAAUUAGUGUAAAAAUUUUAAAUCUAAAUCUUGUGUUAGAAAAAUGUGAUUUUAUGUUUAGUUGUAAAAAGUAGACAAUUUGUAUUUUGAGUGUAUAAAAAUUAAAUAUUAAAUUUUUUCUUAAAAGCUUAAAGCUCUUAGUACUUAUACAGGAAAUAAAACUUACACUCUAAUAAGUUUCAAACUGUGCAAAAUGCUUUGAAGCUUUU